CCUAUAUAUAAUCCAUGUUUGGGCGAUUACGAUUUUCAAUUAAUUAAUACCCUCUGAGCAAAUGCGCUCCCCUCUGAAUAGAUUUGUAAUCCAAACAGACAAAAGAAAAAUCAUUUAGUUUUUUUGAAAUGAAGAAGAUGAUGAGCUCCAAAGCAGCACUCAUCCUCCUUGCUCUCUUCCUCGUCCACACCUCUGCCACCCGAUACGCCCCGGACAAGAAGCGCCCCACCGAUCAAACCCCUUCCGGCGACGGCGGCGGAGGUCUCGGAGCGUUCUUCGGGCCCGGAUCUGGGUUCGGGAUUCCUGGUCUCGGCGGAGGCUACGGAUCCGGAUUCGGGGGCCCGGGCGGCGGGAGCGCCAAAGGCGGUGUGAUACGGCCGACGGUGGUCUGCAACAAAAAGGGGCCGUGCAAAGGGAAGAAGCUCGCGUGUCCUGCCAGCUGUUUCAAGUCGUACAGCGGAGCGGGAAAGGGUUACGGCGGCGGAGGCGGCGGCGGCGGCUGCUCCUUCGACUGCACCAAGAAAUGUGCUGCAUCUUGCUACUAAUGUUACCGCGCGAGUAUGUUAAUUACUUACUUAUGUAAUAAUUAUUACUACUCGAUCGUAAUGUAAUAUUUAAGCUGGUCAGCAGCAUAUAUUAUAUGCUGAGCGGCCUAAUUAAUUUCGAAUUAUUAUUACUAUAUAGUUGCUGUUUAUGUGCG